AUGGAGAUUGCAAGUGCUGCCAAAACUACGAGCAUUUGUUUGGAGGGGCUGUCGAAAUGCAUUAGCAGUAAAAGGGAAUUUGUGGUGUCGCUCGAGGAGUUUAGUGAGCGCUGGGAAAGCAUAUUAAAUAAGUAUGAGAAGCAUGUGAACUCUCAAGAAAUUUUACAUGUUGUGGUUUUUGGGCUGUGGAGUUUAUGGAAAACAAGAAACAGUGCGGUGUUUGAAGGGACUAUUACUAACCCUACAAUUAUGGUGAUAAGUCUCCAAGCUCAGGUGCAGGAGUAUAGGGUAGCCCAAAUGUUGACCAAACCAUUGAUUAACGAGCUGCCCUGUCCUCAAGAUUGUGCUCAAAGUGUGCCUAAUUCGUGGACUAAGCCAGCACAUGGCUGGGUCAAGGCUAAUUGUGACAGAGCUUGGUUGAAUCAAACGCAAAAGGGUGGGGCUGGCUAG